AGGCCACACAAUGUCUGAGAGGGUGGAAGCAUAUCUCGCAAAAAAUAAAAAAGCAGCUAAAGGUGAUGUCGCUGAUAUCUGGCUGAAAUUUGAGCAACUUUACGCCAGAAAAUUAUGGCAUCAGCUGACCCAGGAAAUUCGUGCCGCUCAAGCGAAUGCAGCUUUCAUUGCGAAUCUCAAUCAAAAGGAAUUCUAUGACGGGUUCAUUUCUGAGUUUGAACAUCGUAUCAAUCCACUACAGCUUGUUGAGAUAGUUUUACCUAUCGCGAGAUACAUUUUUGAUCAAAAUAAAGAAAACGCCUACGAAUUUCUCGCCAAAAUCGAGAAAACUGUAAAUAAGGACAAGGUGGCACUUGCUCGUAUACACGCUGGUCAGAUUGAUCUGCGCCUAAAUCACAAGGAUGCGGGAGAUCGCCUUGUGGAUAUCAAAAAAGUCAGGGACAUGAUUGAGACUACCCAAAAGGAGAUCGAAAGCUUUGUCGGUGUCACUGACGCCCACGCUCCCUUUUACAAGGUCAGUGCUAUGUAUCUAAAAGAAGUUGGUGACUUUGCGGGAUAUUAUCGUGAAGCGCUGAGAUAUCUGGGCGUUGAGGAUAUUAACAAAAUGACACCAGAAGAAAGGCAUGUUCAGGCUGUGCUCAUCGGUUUUGCUGCUUUGCUUGGCGAGAAUGUGUACAAUUUUGGAGAAUUACUUGCUCACCCCAUUCUGAAAGCUCUUGAAGGUUCCGGCGAAAAGUGGCUCUCUGAGGUUCUGUACGCAUUCAACUGUGGUGAUCUCAACAAGUUCUACUCACUCGAGAAAUACUGGUCUGAAUGGGAUGACUUGAAACGUAAAAAAGAUUUCCUGGUUGGGAAAAUUAGACUGUUAGCCAUCAUGGAGCUUGCUCUUGCACGACCGUCAAAAGAGCGCAGGAUUUCUUUCAAAGAGAUUGCAACUAAAUGCCAAGUGCCUGACAAUGAGAUUGAAUUCUUAGUCAUGAAGGCCCUCAGCAAAGAUUUGGUGAGAGGAGCAAUAGAUCAGGUGAACCAAUCGGUCCUUAUCACCUGGGUGCAACCUAGGGUACUCAAUACCAGUCAGGUGCUAUCAAUGGCCAAUCGCAUCGCUGCAUGGAGCAAAGACGUGAUCGCUAUGGAAAAUAUCGUUAGUGAGAAUGCCCAAGAAAAACUGGAAAAAUAG